UUUUUUGUUACUUCGUAUAUUUCUCAUUCGUUGCGGGUCCCUUCCUCGGCAUCGAGUGUCAAAAUAUUGCUGUCAAAUUAUUUCCAGCAUCCUUGUUGACACCCCUGUGUUUUUAAUUGAAACUUCCAUCUGCUCUCGCGGUGUCUAUAUUUUCGUUCAUUUCUCCUAUCUUAUUCGAUAACGAAUCUUCGCAGCAAAGGAAAAGCGUGUGAUCUACCGAAAGAAACUUUGCGCUAAUUGAAUUAUAUAAGUAGAAAGUUUGGAUACCACACGCCACGGCUCAAUCCUGCACCCCAAAACAGGAGGAGAACCAAAACGUUCUUCUGCAAGCAAUUCACCUCCCGUUUUAGGCGUUUCCUCGUUUUUCUACGUUGGUUGAAACCGAAUAACCUCGUUUUUUGUUGCUCGAUUCCACGCUUACGGAAUCCUUGUUCGCUUCCGAAAAUGCGCUUUUCAUUGGCGAAGUUAAUGCUUUUUGUUGAUGAUUUGGAGGGUUCCGACCGGCUAAAAUUUUGAAAAUCGAUAAAAUGGAUGCCCCGGCCACCACGGACAUUGUGAUCAUCAACGGGAACUCCUAUCCGGAUCUGGCUAACUUGAUCGCUAGCCGACUUGGUGUUAAGAAUGGAGGCGUUUCGGUGUACCACAAAACCAAUCGGGAGACCAUGGUCGAAAUUGGAGACUCGGUUCGUGGCAAAGAUAUUUACAUCAUCCAAACGGGAACAAAGGACGUGAACAACAACAUCAUGGAACUGCUGAUUAUGGCAUACGCGUGCAAAACAUCGUCCGCAAAAUCCAUCGUUGGUGUCAUUCCCUAUCUGCCCUAUUCCAAGCAGUGCAAAAUGCGCAAACGAGGUUGCAUCGUGUCGAAACUGCUGGCCAGGAUGAUGUGCACCUCGGGUUUGACCCAUAUCAUCACGAUGGAUUUGCACCAGAAGGAAAUUCAAGGGUUUUUCGAUUGCCCAGUGGAUAAUCUCCGAGCUUCCCCGUUCUUGCUGCAGUAUAUCCAAGAAAGCAUCCCGGAUUAUCGCAACUCAGUGAUCGUGGCUCGGAAUCCAGGUUCAGCCAAAAAGGCUACCUCUUACGCCGAACGUUUGCGGCUGGGAAUUGCCGUGAUCCACGGGGAACAGAAGGAAUCCGAGACGGAUGAGGUCGACGGCAGGAAUUCGCCGCCAACGCUGCCGAAGUCACGCACAAUGGACGUUUCCGGUGGUGUCCCUGUGCAUCCGGCCAAGGAGAAACCUCCGAUCAAUGUGGUUGGGGAUGUUGGAGGACGCAUUGCUAUCAUGGUGGACGACCUCAUUGACGACGUUCAAUCGUUUGUGGCUGCCGCAGAGGUCCUGAAGGAGAGGGGUGCGUACAAAAUUUACGUCUUAGCCACGCACGGACUGCUCAGCCAGGAUGCUCCUCGAUUGAUCGAGGAUUCACCGAUAGAUGAGGUCGUCGUUACAAACACCGUUCCACACGAGAUCCAGAAAAUGCAAUGCCACAAAAUCAAAACCGUUGACAUCAGUGUUCUGCUGUCGGAGGCAAUACGCCGUAUUCACAACAAGGAGUCUAUGUCUUAUCUGUUCAAGAAUGUGACCCUCGAGGACUAAGGAUUGGGUUUCGGGCAGACCGAUGAUGUAUUUACAAAAGUAAAGCAUUUCCUGGAAAUCAGAGAUAGGAUGAACGGUGUUCUAUCACGGACAGUCUUUUUCUUUUGUACUCUGUUAGAACUUAGAAUGCUUAUCAAUUUACUCUCCUUCGUUAAAGUAUUUUAUCACAGAUGGAAACAAAACAAAAAACAAACUCACCUGAAGAUUUAGUCAGUUUUAGGAGCAACGCUGGCAAGUGAUUGCGUAUCAUGUCGUAUACACAAUUUUUUAUAAAUUGUACACUUCUGUGAGACGAAACAUAUGUAGAUGUACGAAGAGAAUCAGCAAAUAUAAAUCUAUCGUGUA